GAAAAAAAUUCUCAUCUCGUAACGGCAUUGUUGUUUGAUGAGCCCGCACCACCGUGCACUGACGCAGGCUCAGCGUUUGUAUUUGAAAUUCAGAAAAUCGAAAGCCAAGCGCAAACGCCGGUGACAGCAAACGAAAUUUGGCGGUUAAUCGGACUCUCUGCUUUUGUAAUGGCUCUUCUCGGAUCCACCAUUACCAGCGAGGUUGGAUUGCGGUUACUUCUUAGUCCUCUCGGAUCGAACGUCAUAGUCCGAACAGCGUGUUGUUCUGUGGGCAUUGUUCUACCUGUAUACUCUACAUUUAAGGCAAUUGAAAAGAAAGAUAACAGUGAGCAACAAAGAUGGCUUAUAUAUUGGGCAGCUUAUGGUUCUUUCAGCCUUGUGGAAGUAUUUUCAGAUAAUCUUAUUUCUUGGGUUCCCAUGUAUUACCAUACGAAGUUCGCAUUUCUUGUUUGGCUUCAACUUCCAUCUGUUGAUGGCGCUAAGCAGUUGUACAUGAGCCACUUGCGUCCCUUCUUCUUGAGGCAUCAAUCGAGAAUUGAUCAGUUUUUGGGCGUUGCAUAUCGUGAAAUGGUCAAACUCUUCAGUUCACACAGAGAAGAAAUCCAAUAUGCUAGGGCGGUGCUUCUGAAGAUUAUGGGAUCAGCGGAUCAAUUAUUAAAUGGAGGAAAUUUUCAAACCCGACCAACCAACGCAAUCGAAGGCCAAGGAGCAACCACCUCGGAUGUCGAGUCUGAUCAUGCUCAUGAUGAUUAGUGCACCCUCGCCUGUCAUAAAUGCGUGUGUGUGUGUGUGUG